UCACUUCCGUUCACUCAAAAUGGAAACAGUUUUUCUAAAGAAGCUUUAGCUAUAUAUCACAUUGAUCAACCGACGUUUCCCGAAAAACUAAGCUACCUUUAAACGUUGAAUAUUAUUUACUGACAUUAUUCUGCGAUAAAGACACUCGUAGUUUAGACAUCAGCAGAAUGCAUCGGAGAGGAGUCGGUGCGGGAGCUAUUGCCAAAAAGAAGCUCGCUGAGGCCAGAUAUAAGGAAAGAGGAAAUGUUCUUGCAGAGGACCAAAUUGUCCAAAUGUCGAAGCAGUUGGAAACCUUCAAGUCCAACCUGGAGGAGUUUGCCAGCAAACACAAACAAGAAAUCCGAAAGAGUUCACAGUUCAGGGUUCAGUUUCAGGAGAUGUGUGCCACCAUUGGGGUUGACCCGCUUGCCUCUGGCAAAGGAUUUUGGUCCGAGAUGCUCGGCGUAGGAGACUUCUAUUAUGAGCUCGGCGUGCAGAUCAUUGAAGUGUGUCUCGCCCUGAAACACAGAAAUGGAGGGCUUAUUACUUUGGAUGAACUCCACCAGAGAGUCCUGAAGGGAAGAGGUAAAUACGCUCAGGAUGUGAGCCAAGAUGACUUGAUGAGAGCCAUAAAGAAGCUGAAGGUGAUGGGGAGCGGCUUUGGGAUGAUUCCUGUCGGAGGUUCUUACUUGGUCCAGUCAGUCCCAGCUGAGCUCAACAUGGAUCACACCGUAGUUCUGCAGCUGGCCGAGAAAAAGGGCUUCGUCACAGUGAGUGAGAUCAAGGAGAGUCUGAAGUGGGAGAAGGAAAGGGCUUGUCACGUCCUGGAUCACCUGCUGAAGGAAGGCUUGGCUUGGCUGGACUCUCAGGCCGCUGAAGAAGCUCAGUACUGGCUGCCCGCUCUCUUCUCCGAGCUCACGUCCCGGGACGUCACACCCGAGGAGGCCAAUCAGAUGACGCCUUGAGGAAAAAAAACCGGCCACCGGCAGCAAUCAGAGACAUGUUGGUACACAGACGUGUGCCGGCUGGGCGACGCUCCCUCUGGGUUCAUUUUCUGGACUUCGAGGAGGGAAAACAGUCUUCUAUGCAACGAGUGCUCUCACUUCAUUUAGACGCGGCGCUGCACACGGACUUCAGUGUCAGGUCGCUAGUGUCACGGUUUAUGGGCGGUUACGGAUCAACAGACAAACAUGUAAUUGUUUUUUUCAUAUAUAAAGAAAUAACUUGACA